AUGGCAGAAUCUAACCUCAAUCCGGAGCAGCAUCAGCCGGGAAACGGCUUGUCAGGCGGUCCACUACCGCCAGGAGUAAACCCACAACACCCGGGAAUGCAGCAAAAUCAUCAGCGGCAUUCGGCUCCAUUUUUCAACGGUCCACCAUCAGCGCAGCAAUCUUCAAGUACCAAGUCGUCUUCCGCCGAAGAAUCCUACCAGCUCUUUCAGCAGUUAAUGCAGCAGCAACAGGUACUCAUGCAGCAGCAGCAACAACAGUUAAUGCAGCAGCAGCAAGAUUUCUUCCGGAGUGUCAUCUCAUCAAUCAGUAUUCAGGUCCCUCCAAACCCUGAAAUGAUUCUCGAUUCACUAGCAAACAAUAUCAAAGAGUUUCGCUACGAUCCCGAUGGAAACAUAACCUUCGCUGCAUGGUACGGCAGAUACGACAAUUUGUUCGAGCAAGAUGCUGCACGGCUGGACGAUGAAGCGAAAGUCCGCUUGCUCAUGCGAAAACUCGGAUCAUCUGAGCACGGAAUAUAUAGUCCGUCAUCAGUAAACGGUAUCGGUGUUUGCAGGUUACCAAACAACCGACCGACGAUUACGUCACAUAUGCUUGUCGAAUCAACAAGACCUGCGUCGGAAGGAGACAGCGAAAUACGAACGCGGCUACUGCCAAAAAUUGAGGAACGCGAUGACAUUACUCUCGAUCAUCUUUCGGAAGAUUGUCAGCGAUUGUUGUGCCUGAAGCGGGACACGGCAAUGAUCGAGUCAUCAGCAUCAUCGUCAUCGGUAAAUUUCAUCAAGCGAAAACAAUUUUCAAAACAUCAACAGAAGUCGCCAGUGGAGACAGCCGGACCCGAUAAAAACAUUCCCUCAACGCCCUGCUGGUUCUGUGGAGGAAUGCAUUUCGUUCGAGACUGCACUCAUAGGAGCCACAAAUGCAAAGAUUGUGGUAUUGUCGGACACCGUGAGGGUUAUUGUUCCACUGCCAAGCGAACAUCCAAAGCUAGUCGAAACAAAAAGCACCCGGGAUCGUGUGCUACAAAAAGCGUAAGUCUUGUGAUUAAUACCGUCGAUAAAAGGCGCAGUUUUGUUACAGUGAUGUUGAACGUUGUGAAUGUGCGUCUGCAGUUGGACACGGGAUCUGACAUAAGCAUCAUUUCGAAACGUUUGUGGGAGAAAAUAGGUAAACCACUCACAGUACCGGCAAACGAACAAGCCGCAACAGCGUCAGGCGACUGCUUGCAGUUUUUGUUUAAGUUCAGUUGUGAUAUUUCGUUCAAUGGCAAACAACAUACCGGUCAGUUUUACAUUGUUGAAAAACCACUUUACCUUCUUGGCAUCGAUUUGAUGGAUGCAUUCGAUCUCUGGUCACUGCCCAUUAGCACGUACUGCAACAACGUCACUGUUCCUUCUGUCACUUUGCAGUCACUUAAAUCAGCAUACCCGACUGUGUUUAGGAACGAGCUGGGGUUGUGUACGAAAACAAAAGUGAAAUUGGAACUGAUACCUGGUGCAACUCCAGUUUUUCGUGCCAAGCGUCCAGUGGCUUAUGCGGUAAAUAGCAGUGUGGAUAACGAACUCGACCGACUGGAACGAGCAAAAAUCAUCACACCGGUAGACUUUUCGGAUUGGGCAGCUCCCAUCGUUGUCGUCCGAAAAACGAACGGAUCUGUUCGUAUUUGCGGUGACUAUUCCAUCGGUCUCAACAAUGCCCUGCAACCGCAUCAAUAUCCGUUGCCGCUACCGGAAGAAAUGUUCAACAAAUUGGCUAAUUGCACAGUGUUUAGCCGAAUUGAUCUGUCGGAUGCAUUUCUGCAGGUAGAAGUGGACGAAAGCAGCCCUGAAUUGUUAACCAUCAACACCCAUCGGGGACUUUACCGGUACAACCGUCUGACACCGGGAGUCAAAGCAGCACCGGGAGCAUUCCAGCAACUUAUCGAUACUAUGCUGACAGGCCUCCCUCAUACGUGUGGUUAUUUAGAUGAUGUCGUCGUUGGUGGUGUAAAUCCUGAAAAUCACUGGGCGAACCUUCAAGCAGUGUUUCAAAGGAUCAGCGAUUUUGGAUUUACCAUUCGUGUAGAAAAGUGCAUAUUCGCUCAGCCGCAAAUUAAAUAUGUAGGUCAUCUGCUUGACCGCAACAGUCUUCGCCCGGAUCCAUCAAAGGUUCAAGCCAUCAACGAAAUGCCACCGCCCACUGACGUUUCCGGUGUUCGCUCUUUCCUAGGAGCUAUAAAUUACUACGGCAAGUUUGUUCCUAGUAUGCGCACCCUUCGGUAUCCUCUUGAUGAGCUGCUCAAGGCGGAUGCAAAAUUUGAGUGGACGGAAAAAUGCCAAGCGGCAUUUAACAAAUUUAAAGAGGUGUUGAAAUCCGAUCUACUGUUGACACACUACAACCCUGCGCUUGAUAUAGUUGUGUCGGCAGAUGCGUCGUCUGUUGGUGUCGAUGCAACAUUAUCACACAAGUUUCCGGACGGUACUCUCAAGGUGGUACAACAUGCCUCCAGAGCACUCACAGCAGCAGAGAAAAACUAUAGUCAGCCCGAUCGUGAAGGACUUGCAAUAAUUUUUGCAGUGACUAAAUUUCACAAAAUGUUGUUUGGUCGUUGCUUUCAUCUUCAGACUGAUCACGAGCCGCUGCUGAGGAUUUUUGGUUCGAAGAAAGGAAUUCCCGUUUACACAUCGAACCGGUUACAACGUUGGGCUCUUACGCUAUUGCUUUAUGAUUUCACCAGCGAGUACGUCCCGACAGCGAAAUUCGGCAAUGCUGACAUACUUUCCCGUCUGAUCAACCAACACGUCAGACCUGAGAAAGAUUACGUGAUUGCUUCGGUCGCUUUGGAGAAUGACUUAAGAAUCGUACAACAGUCUACACAGUCCGAUCCUAUCACCAAAGCAGUUUAUCGAUACCUGAUUAACGGUUGGCCUGAGACCGUUACUGAUGCAGAGCUCAAGCGGUUUUAUGCACGACUCUUCAGCAGCUUCAUCGUGGCCACCCUGGAAUCCAGCGAAUGA